UCAUUGUGGGGGGCAGGUGGGUGGGAAGACAUUGGAAAAGGUGAGAAAGUUGCUCAUGAACAUCGAAGAAGAUUUGUUUUCCUCUGUCUGAACUUUUGUUUAGAAAAGAAGCACAAGGUAGUUCUCUCCCAUACCAUUCAUCCUUGGUCACAGUUGGUGGGUGUGCUGGAAGCAAAUUGCAUGCAUUCUCCCUGCUCCAUGCUCCUGGCUUGACCCAGAGGGCAAAAAGAAAUGAUGUUGAUGGCACCCAAUAGGACUGGGGUGCUCAUGCACUUCCAUUACUAAGCCCCUAGUUACUGCUCCUUUCACUUUCCUGUGCCUCUUACUUUCCUUUUGCUGUGAUCCUGGAAUUUGAAUUUUUUGUUUCUCCUUCUUUUUUCUCUUCCUUUUUCUUUUUUUAAAAAACUUUUUACCUUUUUUGAUCUGAUGAAGGCACCACUGAAGACCAUGAUGUGCCUGGGGUUUUGGGCAGCUGCCCUGCUCUGCUUGUUUUCCCCUGGCACCGUGCGAGGUGACUGCUGGCUGAUUGAGGGGGACAAAGGCUAUGUGUGGCUGGCCAUCUGCAGCCAGAACCAGCCCCCAUAUGAAACCAUCCCCCAGCACAUCAACAGCACGGUGCAUGACUUGCGUUUGAACGAGAAUAAGCUCAAAGUGGUGCUGUACUCCUCCCUCAACCGCUUCGGCAACUUGACUGAUCUGAACCUGACCAAGAACGAGAUCUCUUAUAUUGAGGAUGGGGCUUUCAUGGGCCAGACAAACCUCCAGGUCUUACAGCUGGGCUACAACAAACUUACGAACCUGACAGAGGGCAUGUUGAGGGGCAUGGCCCGGCUCCAGUUUCUAUUUGUGCAGCACAACCUGAUUGAGCUGGUCACCCCUACUGCCUUCUCUGAGUGUCCCAGCCUGAUCAGCAUUGACCUGUCCUCAAACCGUCUCAGCCGUCUGGAAGGGAACACUUUCACCAGCUUGAGCAAUCUUAUGGUGUGUGAGCUGGCAGGUAACCCCUUCAACUGUGACUGUAGCCUCUACAGCUUUCUCAACUGGUUGGCGCUCUUCAACAAUGUAACCAAGAACUACGACCGGCUCCAGUGUGAAACUCCACGUGAGUUUGCUGGGUACCCGCUCCUGGUACCUCGGCCUCACCACAACCGCAAUGCCAUCACCAUCUUCCAGUCUAUGUGCAGAGGAGGCACCAUCCCCUCUCUCUCCAGGGUCAACCCCACUCCUUAUACCCCUGACUCCCAGCGAGACCUGGAUGAGGGCUCAGCCAUCAGUCCUGGAGACUUCCUCUCUGUCAAGCCUCCAGCUUCUUCCACCACUGACUCCUCCUUCAGUCCCAGCAUCAAGCUCCAUGAUGUCACCAUCACUUCAGCCAUCCUGAUGGUAACCAUCCCCAUGCCCUACAGUAAGAUGUAUGUGCUGGUUCAGUACAACAACAGCUAUGUUUCUGACAUUGCAACACUGAAGAGCAAGAAGGAAUACGUCACUGUCAAUAAACUGAAGGCCCACACUGAUUACACUUUCUGUGUGGCCUCCAUCCGCAACAACAGACGCUAUAACCACACUUGCUUGACCUUUGCAACCAGGAGCAAAGGCAGGGAGGACCCUAUUUCCAGUACUUCCACCACCACGCACUACAUCAUGACCACCCUGGGUUGUCUCUUUGGGAUGGUCAUUGUCCUGGGGGUGGUAUACUACUGCCUGCGAAAGCGAAGGAUGCAGGAAGAGAAACAGAAGUCCCUCAAUGUAAAAAAGACAAUCCUAGAAAUGCGUUAUGGAUCAGACAUUGAUACUAGUACCAUGGUCCAUCCUUCCCAGAAACUGGGUGAGCCACCAGUCAUCCCUGUCUCACGCAUGUCCUCUAUCCCUUCCAUGAUUGGGGAGAAGUUGCCCCCACCAAAGUCAAUGGAGACUGGGAUGGAGACCCCCAAAGUGACCACAAAAGGCAAUUACAUUGAGGUGCGGACUGGUGGUGGGGAUGGGCUGGAACGAACCCCACGGGAUGAGGACCUGAGGGAGCUUGACAAUGGGCAAGGCUCAGCUGCUGAGAUCUCUACUAUUGCCAAGGAGGUAGACAAAGUCAACCAGAUCAUCAACAACUGCAUUGAUGCCCUCAAGCUGGACACAGCCUCUUUCCUGGGUGGCGGGACUGGCGUUGACUCAGACAUGGCCUUUGAGUGCCAGUCCAUACCUGCCAGUUCCUCGGGUGGGCUGGAGCGGCCCAGCUUUCUUUCCCCACCCUACAAGGAAAGCUCCCACCACCCUUUGCAGCGCCAGCUCAGUGCUGAUGCUGCUGUGGCCAGAAAGACCUGCAGCGUUUCCUCUAGUGGCUCCAUCAAGAGCGCCAAGGUUUUCAGCUUGGACGUGCCUGACCACCCACCGCUGAGCAAAUCUGACUCCAAAUACAUUGAGAAGGGCAGCCCACUCAACAGCCCUUUGGAUCGUCUUCCCUUGGUGUCCCCGGGCGCCAUCCACCACUUGGAGGUCAAGCCCUCCUACCACUGCAGUGAGCACCGACACUCCUUCCCGGCCCUGUACUAUGAGGAAAGUGCAGACACCUUGAGCCAGAGGGUGUCAUUCCUCAAGCCUCUCUCCCGCUCGAAGCGAGACUCCACAUACUCCCAGCUCUCUCCCAGACACUACUUCUCGGGUUACUCCUCCAGCCCUGAGUACUCAUCAGAGAGCACCCACAAGAUUUGGGAGCGAUUCCGGCCUUACAAGAAGCACCAUAGGGAGGAGGUUUACAUGGCGGCUGGACAUGCCCUGCGGAAGAAAGUUCAGUUUGCCAAGGAUGAGGAUCUGCAUGACAUCCUGGAUUACUGGAAAGGAGUCUCUGCUCAGCAGAAGCUGUGACUCUUCCCUACUCUUUCCAAGAAAACAAUACAAAACAAGACCCCCCCCUCCCCAACAACCAGAAAGAAAACAAACAAACAAAAAAAAAAUUGCCACUUGACUGUGAAAAAUAAACCAACAACAAAAUACUCCGACAAAUACAAAACUGACAGAAUCGUUUCUUAAAGUUUACAACAACAACAGAAAACUCUCUUACACACACACACACAAACACACACACACACACACACACACACACACACACACACAAGCCGAAUUGUCUCUACUGUGUUACGGGGACCAUUGUUCUGCCUGCAGAUGGUUGGGAGGAGAGUCCUGCUCUGACACUGUGGUAACAACACUGGAGUGUGUGCGGGUGGGACUGGCCUGGGAGGAGGCGGCGGCGGGGAUGGACACUCACUGGGAAUGGAACUGAGCUAUGAAUUACUUCUCUUUCUGUUUCUCUUGCUGAUUGAAAGCUGAUUUUUCUUUUCAGUGGGAGGGGGGAGGACUUUGGUUUAGAAAGCUUCUCUGCCCACUUGAUACACCUACUUUUCCAAAUCUUUCAUCACUCUAGUUUUCCCCCACUUCCUUUGGCAGUGGAAGCGUUUCUCUCUCACCCCUCACCUUCCUUGACAGGUAGGAUUUGUUGGAAGAAUCUCUCUCCUUUUCCUUUUCCUCUUCCCUAUCCAUCUCUGUUAGGGGUCUUUUGCACUUUUUAAAUAAAUACUGCAUGAACUUCCAUCCUCCUUGGAAGAAGGAGAGUGUGAAAGACAAAAGGAGGAAGACCUGACACACAACAGGCUCUGUGCCCGUGCAGCUCUCCCUGCUUCCCUCCUCCCACCAUGUUGGUGAUGAACACCAGCGAUUCUGGAGUGACAGGCCUGCUCAGAGCCAGUUAUAUGCCUACCACUGAGGGAGUAUGGCUGUGUUCUUCCGCACAUCAAGUCAGUCCCUCGAGGAAUGGUGGACAAGGAGGGCAUCUCAGCAUUACAGGCUGGACAGCUGCCACGUGGGCAGGAGCUGGAGCCAGGGCCCUGAAAGCACAUUUGCCAUGCUUCUUGAUCACCAGAAAGCUCGACUGCAUCUGGAAGCACACUCGGCCACUGGGAACCUGGAAAAAAGUCCUCUUCCACCGCCACCGCCUCCUUCAGCUGCAUGCAAGAAGAGCUUCAUGGAGCCACAUCCUCUCGCUGGAGCCAGCCUGUUGAACAUCCCAGCACCUGUGCAGCCUCAGGGUGGCUUUGAGUGGGAAGGACACUGAAUGCCACCCUUCACUGGGCCAUGGGGCUCUCCCGUAGGGCUGGAGGAGCCUGUCCCACUUCAUCUGCCCCCUGAAGGCAGAUGUUUUGGGGUGUCCCCAAAGGGCAGAGGGGGUGUUUGUUGUCCACCCCCUUCCCUCCCACACUGUCCCUCCAGCCGCUUUGGCCUUGUACUAUGAGGGGCUCUCUUGGUCUGCCUCCCCUUUUCUUCCCCUGCCUCGAGCCACAGGGAGUUGUCUCUAUACCUCUCCCCACAAAGGCAGCUCUCAAAACACUCCUCUUCAACCUUCAACCAACGUUCCUCUCUCUCCCCAUCUCACAGGUCCCCCUCUGUCUGCCCCAUCCCCAUGCGUUUGGCUUGGCCUUUGCCUCUCCGUUACCACCACCGCCACUGUGAGGCCUUGCUCUUUGGUGGCCCGCUCCCACCACCCGUUGUCCCCUGUCCGCGGGGAGAAGGGGCUGGCUGGGUCAGGGCGAGGUCCAUCAGAGCUGGUACCACUGGUCCAUCCACAAGCACAGCACUUGGGGCGAGGGGAUGGGAAGGGGUGGGUGGCUGCCAGGAGAAGAGCUGGGGAGGUUUCCCCUUGAAUGUAAAGAAGGGCCUCGGAGGCAGCUGAUGGGACUGGCUCCUUGUGUCCUCUUUGGUGUUCCUC